AUGCGACCGGCGGAAGACUCGGAGCUGGACGGGAGGAUUCGUUGCACGGUGGCCGUGGAGCACCUGGGGGCAGCGGCGGCCCCGAAUCGGCGGCUCCUGCGGGAUGCCUGGGUCACCCUCGGGCGGAAUGAGUUUCGCGAACUGGUCUUACAGGUGACGGGUCCAGGCCGCCUCCAGAACUUCCCUUUGCGGCAGAACGAAAUGCGCCUCUUCACACGUUUUGUGAAGGACGGGAAGAGCUCGAUCCGGUUGGGGCCCGUGGGGUCCGAUUGUGUGCAGCUGCUCCUCUCCAACUGCCCACCGGAUCGCUUGCGUCGCUUCGUUCAGACUCUGCGCAUCAAAUUUGAAGCUACCCAGCACGGAAGGCGGCCGGUGGCUGAGCGGACCAGGCUCCUGUCUAGCUUGCCGCGCACAUUCGACACGGUAAGCCCGGUGCAAGCCCGCGAUUUGCAACAAGCAAAGGCCAGAGAAGCCCUGGCUAACGUGACAGCCACCCCGACGAAAGGACAGGCUCUGCGCUGCGGCUCUAGAAAGCGUCCUAUGGAAUCAGUGGAUGGGAGGCAGGUAAGCUAUCUUCUGCCUGAAAAGGAAAAUAUGAGCAACUUUGAAUGAAUUGAGCUGAAUGGUGUUUCUCUAAAAUUAACUUUUGUUUUCAAAGGAACUGGAAAAUCUUAUUUACUGAAAAAGAUAGUGGCCUCCUUUCCUCCAAAUGGCACUUAUGUCACAGCCAGCACAGGAGUGGCAGCAUGUCAGAUUGGGGGCAUCACCCUCCAUGCUUUUGCAGGUAUUGGGUCAGGAAAGGCCCCUCUGCAUCAGUGUCUUGAGCUGGCCCAGAGGCCUGGGGUUCGACAGCAAUGGCUGAAUUGCCGCUGUCUGAUCAUCGAUGAGAUCUCAAUGGUGGAGGGGGACUUAUUUGAUAAACUGGAAGCGGUGGCUAGAGAUGUUAGGAAAUGUGAGGAUCCAUUUGGAGGAAUCCAGCUUAUUAUCUGUGGAGACUUCUUUCAAUUGCCUCCCGUUGCCAAGGACCACAGACAGCCCAAGUUCUGUUUCCAGGCAAAGAGCUGGAGAAAGUGCAUCCAUCUGAACAUGGAGUUGACAGAGGUUCGGAGACAGACUGACAAGGAGUUCAUUUCUCUUCUGAACACUGUCCGUCUUGGCAGAUGUACAGAGGAAGUCACCAGACUGCUGACCCAAACAGUAAUGCAAAAAGUGGAGAGAAAUGGAAUAUUGGCUACACGGUUGUGUACUCACAAGGAUGAUGUAGAGUUCACAAAUACCAAGCAGCUGCAGCAAUUAUCGGGACAGCUAAGGUCUUUCAAGGCUGUUGACAGUGAUCCUAUGUUGGCAAAGACUCUUGAUACACAAUGUCCUGUGAAGAGUAUGAUUGAACUCAAGGAAGGUGCCCAGGUGAUGCUUACAAAGAAUCUUGAUGUUUCUCAAGGUCUGGUGAAUGGGGCUCGUGGAGUUGUGAUUGGAUUUGAAACUGAAGGAAAAGGCCUGCCCAAAGUAAGAUUUCUUUGUGGCGUGACUAAUAUUAUUGGCUUGGAAAGAUGGGUUUUUAAGGGGCCAGCUGGCAUUUACCUGAGUCGCCAACAGCUGCCCCUGAAGCUUGCCUGGGCCAUUUCUAUCCACAAGAGCCAGGGUAUGUCUUUAGACUGCGCUGAGGUUUCUCUAGCUCGCGUCUUUGAAAGUGGGCAGGCAUAUGUAGCACUUUCUCGAGCUCGUAGUCUGGCAAGUCUUCGAGUUUUGGAUUUUGAAGCCAAGGUAGUCAGAGCUAAUCCAUGCGUAUUGCGAUUUUAUAAGGAGCUGAAGAGAGACCAAUUUUUAAAUCAGGCCUCUUUGCAUUCCUAUAUUCAUGCUGAUAAAGAAAAUGAAAUAGUUAAAGGAACAUUUACAGGUUGAGAAUCCCUGGUACAAUUUUUUUAAUUAAUUUACUUUUGGAACAACUGCUGCUACAAAUUCAGUAUUUUAUAAAGUAUUGGAGCACCGUGAAGAAGAGAAGAAUUAUAUGAGACAUCGUUUUCUAUAAACAUGGACAGUCCAUCUGCCUAAAAUGAACACUGAAUUUUUAACCCAAAUCAUUCUGCUUCUGAGUUUGCACUGACAGAAUUUAAAAAUUACUUAA